GCAUGAGCGCGCGGGGGCCCUAGGAGAGGAUGGAGAGCGGCGAGCGGGACAUGUACCGCCAGUUCCAGGACUGGUGCCUCAGGACUUACGGAGACUCGGGGAAAACCAAGACGGUGACCCGUAAAAAAUACGACCGGAUCGUCCAGCUCCUCAACGGCUCCGAGUCGAGCUCCACGGAUAACGCCAAAUUCAAAUUCUGGGUCAAAUCUAAAGGCUUCCAGCUCGGCAAUUCGGACGAGGUCAGUGGUGGUGCUGGAGGAGGGAAGCAAGUGCUGUACGUGCCAGUCAAAACCACGGAUGGAGUAGGUGUAGAUGAGAAGCUGUCUUUACGGCGGGUGGCCGUGGUAGAAGAUUUCUUUGACAUUAUCUAUUCCAUGCAUGUUGAAACUGGGCCUAAUGGAGAACAAAUCAGAAAACAUGCUGGACAAAAGAGAACGUAUAAAGCAAUUUCAGAGACCUAUGCCUUCCUACCGAGAGAAGCGGUGACACGAUUUCUAAUGAGCUGCUCAGAGUGCCAGAAAAGAAUGCAUUUAAACCCAGAUGGAGCAGAUCAUAAAGAUAAUGGAAAACCUCCAACGUUGGUGACCAGCAUGAUUGAUUACAAUAUGCCAAUUACUAUGGCCUAUAUGAAACACAUGAAGCUGCAGCUAUUGAAUUCACAGCAAGAUGAGGAUGAGAGCUCAAUAGAGAGUGAUGAGUUUGAUAUGAGUGAUUCUACUAGGAUGUCAGCUGUGAACUCGGACCUCAGCUCAAAUCUUGAAGAGAGAAUGCAAAGUCCUCAGACCCUCCAGGGCCAGCAGGAUGGUAAUUCAGCCGAAGAGAGUUAA